CCACCACCACUUCGCUUAUAAUGACUUCACCCUCGUCUCCUUCCUCUCGUCCACCAUCAUGAACCAGAUGUUCGUCAACGACGCAGUGAAUCCCAGAAAACCCAUUCCAUCAAAACUAGUUGUAAUCCUCCUCAUUCUCUCAUUCAGUCCACUUUGCAGUCGGGCCCUCAAAAUACCACCUCCUCUUCCCAUCUUGCCCGUGCCCUCUUCUCCACAGCUCCAGUGGCAACUCAGUUCCACGGCUAUGUUCCUUCAUUUCGGACCCAACACCUUCACUGACUCCGAAUGGGGCUCUGGAAUGGCCGACCCGUCCGUAUUCAACCCGACCCGAAUCAACGCUUCCCAGUGGGUCAGUGUUGCCAAGGACGCCGGGUUCUCGCGCGUGAUACUCACUGCGAAGCAUCACGAUGGAUUCUGCCUGUGGCCUAGCGAGUACACGGACUACUCGGUGAGGUCGAGCCCGUGGAGGUAUGGGAUUGGAGACGUUGUUGCAGAGCUAGCUAUUGCUGCCAAGGAUGCUGGUCUUGAUCUCGGGCUGUAUUUGUCUCCGUGGGACCGGCACGAGGCAACUUACGGGAAGACUCAUGAGUACAAUGAGUUCUACAUGGCUCAGAUGACUGAGUUGUUGACUCGUUAUGGAGAGAUAAAGGAGGUAUGGCUGGAUGGUGCGAAAGGGGAGGGGGAGAAGGACAUGGAGUACUUCUUUGAUAGUUGGUUCAGUCUUAUUCACCAGCUUCAGCCAGGAGCUGUCAUAUUUUCUGAUGCUGGUCCUGACACCAGGUGGAUCGGGGACGAGGCUGGCGUUGCUGGAUCUACUUGCUGGUCCCUCUUCAAUCGAAGUGAUGCCAAGAUUGGUGGUACCGAUCCAAAAUACUCACAGGAAGGAGACCUUCUAGGUCAUGACUGGGUACCUCCGGAGUGCGAUGUCUCCAUCAGACCUGGUUGGUUCUGGCAUGCAUCAGAAGUUCCAAAGUCGGCAAAAACCCUUCUUGACAUAUAUUACAAAUCAGUUGGCAGAAAUUGCAUCUUCCUACUAAAUGUGCCUCCAAACUCUUCAGGCCUUAUAUCAGCUGAAGAUGUAGAAGUGCUUCAGGAGUUCAGUGAGUUGCGGAAGGCCAUUUUUUCACAUAAUUUAGCGGAGAACGCCAUUAUUUACGCCAGCAGCAUUCGAGGAGGUCAUAGGAGCUCUCAAUUUGAGCCCUACAAUGUCCUCAAAGAAGGAAUUUACCCAUACUGGGCUCCUGAAGAGAAUCAAUCUGAAUGGAUAUUAUACCUAAACCUUCAAGAAUCGGUAUCUUUUAACGUUUUGAGAAUUCAAGAGCCAAUUCACAUGGGACAACGCAUUAUUGCUUUCCAUAUUGAGGUCCUGAAUGAUAAUGGGGAAUGGAAGCAAGCGAUCAGUGGCACCACUGUGGGAUAUCAGAGGCUACUGCGAUUCCCAACUGAAAAAUCUCGGCAUUUGAAGUUUGUCAUUGACAAUUCUCGUGCAGAGCCACUUAUUUCUUACUUGGGUAUUUAUUUGGAUCAAUUUUCUAUCUUGACAAGUACAUUUAAUACAGGUUCGCAUGGCAGCUUCAAUGGAAGUCAAGUUCUUCAGCAAAGUACACACAAUUGUUCUCAAACUGCUGCCGUAUCGUAGUAAAUGUCUGAAUUGCACAGCUCAUUUUUCAUCUCAUGGAUUUAAAUCAUUGAAUUACCUGCAUUAUUUCACAUCAGUUUCAAUUUCUGAAUUGCUGGCAAAUUUUAGUCAAGUUGCAAGGUUGAGCUUUUGCAUCCUAUCCAAAAAUCCUGUCAACAGACCUUGAACAGGCGCUCCAUCAUCCUGACUCUAGCCGUAGAUUUACUAAGGAAAGAUAUUAGGUGUUCCAUUUACGGAGGAAGGUUCUGUCUUCAUCUUGUGGAAAUAGCUUGAAUCUGGCAGUGUCGCCUGCUAACCAGUCCCGAUUUGGUGGCAAGGAGAUUUCUACCUCGACAAGAUGUUGGGAAGAAAAACUGGAGAAGGAUCCUUCAAAGACAAUAGAUGAAAGUGUUCAUCUGCAAUGAUGCAAGAAAUGUAAUGAUAAAUGAGAUGAAUCAUAAAUGACAUACCUUUGCAUUUUAAGUUAUCUUCAGAUUUUGAAGUAGCCCAUC